UCUCUUUCCGUCUGUAUCUCUCUCCCGUUCUCACUGGAACACAUGAAAUUUGGAGGCUCUCCUCCCGAAACAAGAACACAGCAGUCAUCGAAGCGAUCGGCGAUACCCCCUCCCCACAUAACAUGGCUACAAUUGUAACCUCGACCAGGUUUACCGACGAGUAUCAGCUUUACGAGGAGCUCGGAAAGGGUGCCUUCUCCGUGGUGCGCAGAUGCGUUAAGAAAUCCACAAACCAGGAAUAUGCUGCUAAAAUUAUUAACACAAAGAAACUAUCAGCAAGAGAUCAUCAGAAACUGGAACGAGAGGCCAGAAUCUGUCGUCUUCUUAAGCACCCCAACAUCGUACGACUCCAUGACAGUAUUGCAGAAGAAGGUUUUCAUUAUCUGGUGUUUGACCUUGUGACGGGGGGCGAGCUGUUUGAAGACAUCGUUGCCAGAGAGUAUUACAGUGAGGCUGACGCGAGCCAGUGCAUCAAUCAGAUCUUGGAGAGUGUCAAUCAUAUUCACCAGCAUGACAUUGUGCACAGAGACCUCAAGCCUGAGAACCUGCUGUUGGCCAGUAAGAUGAAGGGAGCAGCAGUGAAACUGGCUGACUUUGGGUUGGCCAUCGAGGUGCAGGGAGACCAGCAGGCAUGGUUCGGUUUCGCAGGCACUCCUGGCUACCUAUCUCCAGAGGUCCUAAGGAAAGACCCAUAUGGUAAACCUGUGGACAUCUGGGCCUGUGGUGUGAUCCUUUAUAUUCUGCUAGUGGGCUAUCCUCCAUUCUGGGAUGAAGAUCAGCACAAGCUGUACCAGCAGAUCAAGGCUGGAGCUUACGAUUUUCCUUCGCCUGAGUGGGACACUGUCACCCCUGAGGCCAAGAACCUCAUCAACCAGAUGCUAACCAUCAACCCAGCCAAGAGGAUCACUGCCGAGCAGGCCCUCAAGCACCCGUGGGUCUGCCAACGGUCUACAGUGGCAUCCAUGAUGCAUCGCCAGGAGACUGUGGAAUGUCUGCGCAAGUUCAAUGCUCGGAGGAAACUGAAGGGAGCCAUCCUCACCACUAUGCUUGUUUCCAGAAACUUUUCAGUGGGCCGGCAGCAUACCAGCCCUGCUGCUCCCACCACCAGCACUGCCGCGCUUGCACAGGAAGCAUGCAAAAGUUUGUUCAACAAAAAACCAGAUGGAGUUAAGCCACAGACAAACAACACUAAAACCAGUGUAGUGAGUGCUGUAGUGAGUGCCCUGAAGGAUAGCAGCACAGCCUCCUCUACACCAAUGGAGCCACAGACUACAGUAGUACACAAUCCAGCAGAUGGUACCAAGGGCUCCACAGAGAGCUGUAACACCACUGAGGAGGAGGAUCUGAAAGGGAGCAAAGCAGAGAGUGCCCAGGGAGCCCACAGCAGUAGUGCCGGGGACGAGCCGCCUGCUCUCGGGGCCACGCCACAGGGCUCUCCAGCCACUCGUAAGCAAGAGAUCAUCAAGAUCACAGAGCAGCUGAUAGAGGCCGUGAACAAUGGGGACUUUGAAGCUUACACGAGAAUUUGCGAUCCUGGCCUGACCUCAUUUGAGCCUGAAGCUCUGGGGAACCUGGUAGAAGGGAUGGACUUCCACAAGUUUUACUUUGAAAAUUUGUUGAGUAAGAACAACAAGCCUGUGCACACCACCAUCCUGAACCCCCAUGUACACCUGAUCGGGGAGGACGCUGCCUGUAUCGCCUACAUCCGCCUGACGCAGUACAUUGAUAGCCAGGGCCGCCCACGCAGCUGCCAGUCGGAGGAGACCCGUGUGUGGCAUCGCCGCGACGCCAAGUGGCUCAAUGUGCACUUCCACUGCUCAGGGGCACCAGCCGCUCCCUUACAGUGAACUUCGCAGGGCAAAGGUUGCCUGGAUCCUUGAUUGAUGGGAGUGUUUCUUCUUUGUGGCCGGAUGGACACACAGAGGCUGGCUGGACGACGCUGCAGACACGCCAUUGAAGAAAUUUGACAACAUCCAGUCCAACUGUCAAUACCACCUUUCCUGUCCAACCUUUGACCAAUAGGAGCCGGCCACGGCGGUGGCCCCGCCCACAGGACGGUGCAUGCAUCUGACGCCCACAUGGGGGCACUGUUUAGUCCUUUUUCAUGGAACCAUCUUUUUUGCCCGUUAAAGAUGUCCAGGAGGUGUUGUAAGUACUGAUUUAUGACUUCAUAAAUAUACUGUAUAUUGAAAAAUGGAAAAAAAAACCAGAAGCUACAAUCAAGUUUGAAAAACAUUUAUGUAAGUGAAAUGGAAUGGGGGUGGGGAGUCAUUACAAAGAAAAUUCACAAAAAACGACUAUUGUUCCGAACUCUUAGUUUAGAUGGGCGUAAUCUAAAUCCUCCAUCUUGUAUACUUUGUAGAUUUUGGAUACAAAUUAUUUAGAGAAUUAAGAGAACAUGUCAACUAAUUAGAAAAAAUGUCAUAAAUCUGAAGAGUACAGAUGUACUUCAUAUCAAGAAGCACCAAAGUGUAGUGUUUAGGCUUUUAAAGAAGUCUUUUUUUUCUUCUUAUGGUCUGUUGGAAGGGAUGAGAGUUUCAGGGUUUUAGUAUUCUGUUAAUGGUGUUUUUUAAUUUUUUUUUUUUUUUUUUUUUUUUUUUUUUUUUUAAUUAUCUUUGACUGGGGUUACAUCAGAAAGUAUUUUGUGUUAAGCGAAUUGAUUUUUAAAAUAAUUUUAACACUUUUUUUAAGUUAACCUUAAUAUACCUGUAAAGUUGGAGAAAUAUAUAUUUAAAAGAGAUCAAGUGAAAUAAGGUUCACCUCCAGGGUGUGGGAUUUUUCAUGUAACUCUGUUUAGUGUGUGUGUGUGUGUGUGUGUGUGUGUGUGUGUGUGUGUGUGUGUGUGUUUGCAUGUGUGUGUGUUUAUAUGGACUCGUUAUUAAACACAUCACACUACUAUAUUAUUCUAAGUAGAUGGCUCAGCCUCUAGUUUGCUUCAUAUCAGUGUGUGGUUGAGAGCCCAAAUGAACAGACCAAGUUCUAUCAGAAUAGCAUUAAACACUAGUACACAGAGAGGCUUUUUCAUUUUAGUUCUUUGCAGUCAUUAAGAUAUGUCAGAUUCUCAUACACUCCCAUGCACACUUACACCACACACAAGCCUCUCAAAAUCCAUUCCCAAAACCCAUUACCCAGAAUUCAUAGAAGUUGGUCUUCAGAUGUCUCCCAUCUUGAGAAAGAAAUUUUAGUUAGAUGGCACAAAUGCAAAGCCAGAUUAUGUAGCCUCUCUGGUGGUCAAUAUGAACCAAAUACCCAAAAGGCACCUUGAAGAUACCCUUAGUGAUGGUGUAUUGGGACAUAGGUUUGGUUUUACUAAACCAAGGUUGAAGCACUGGCCGAGGACAUGAAUCAUUUUUCUCAAACAAGAUCACACACACAGCCUUCUCAUAUUUAGGACACUUGUGUGCAAGCACACGUAAAUAACAUUUUUGGAAAUUUUUGCUGUUUUUAAGGUGGAUUGUCUGAAACAUCCUGUCCUGAAUAUGUUGUACUUGUGGUUCACACUGGUGAUGGGUCUGUAAAUCUGUGCACUCACUCGUUAAAUCCAUGAUUAACAUGGAGCAUUGGGGGAAAUCUCCUCACUUUAUGUAUGUUUACCUUAUAAGAUCACUCAUGAUUUACACACCUUUAUAUAAACUUGAGUCAAAAAUAAGUUUCUCAAGAAAUUAUAUUACUCAAAUACAGGGUUUAAAGCACUGGUUAUUAUUAAGCUUAUGGGUAUUACAGCACAAGUAGCCAGUUCUGAUUUUGCUAUUUUAUAGAAAUCUAUUCCUCACAUAUCCACUUCAUACACAAGAUUUGCGUAGGAUAUUGUAAAAUGGAAAUGUACUGUGUUCAGAAAAAACGAUAAACAAAAAAUCCAGUCAACCCCUUCUGUUGAAGAUGUCUUUCUUGUGAAAGAAGAGUUUGGUCUGCGUAUAUACAUGUAGUCUUCAUGCGUCCAUCGUGAAAUGUAGGGCUUUCAUACAUAUCAGCACUAUAACUGCACAUGUGUGGCUGAGCAUCACCUUAAACACAAAGCCCUUUUACUGAUGCCGUCAGACUCUGUGAUGCUGUUUCAUUUUUUUAGUUAAAUUUUCCUUUUUGUGCUUUGCAAAACUGCUGCCUUGACUGGCCAGGUCCCAUUUACUUAUUAAUCAUUAUUAUGAAUUUUAAAUCCAUCCAAGAGGUUUUUUUUUCAGUAUAAGCUUGGUCCCUUCAGUUUCUACAGAGCAGAAGUGAACAGGGCUGAAUAAAGGAGUGCAAAUUAACUGAUAGGCUAGCAUCCACCCUCCCCGCAAAAGCAAGGAAUAAAACAGGUCAGGACAUUGACCUACCUGUCCAUGAGGAAAAUCCAAAUAUGCAGCUUAAACAAUGAAUAUGCAUGUGUACUGUUCUUGGUAAAUCUUUUUCCACUGUCUGUGUUUACUUGAUUAGAAUGGAAAAAUCUGUUAUAGUUGCAUCUCUGACAUAAAAAAAACCACUCCAUUGGGGAUUAUAAAUAGGUUAUGUACCACAUCUAAAAAGAAAAAUGGAAAAAAAAUUAAAAACUGAAACAAAAAUCUCAGCUUGGUAUGCUCCCCUCAUUCUAAGUAAAUCUAUUGCAUUGUAAUGGUAUACUAUUGGGCUACGUAUAUACUUGGACUUAAAACAUGGAUGCUGGAUUUUGCAUGAUCAUACAUUUAAUAAAACCAUGAAUUGACAACUAUCAAGUGUUUGUCUGAAUGCUAGUAGGCCUUCGUCAUAGCUUUUGUAAUUACUGAAACUUGAUCUUGGAAGUAUUUAAUAAAGAGACCAUUUCAGCACA